AUGGUCGAAAUUCAGACACUUAGUCAACCUGAUAUCCAGUAUCAUCCAGACUACGAAAAGUAUCUCGCGCGCGUGCAGCGUCGCAAGGCAACCGAGGACCUGCCCAAGUCUCUUCCUCCUGGCUUCCCCGAGAAACUUUCUUCUCCUCUUGUUUGGGAGGGCAAAGAGAUAGAAAAGCGGGAUGAUUGGAUCUAUAAGCUCAAUGACGCGCAGCGAGAGGAGAUCCACGCUGCGUUGAAUAGCUUCAAGGCACUGGGCCUUGGUCCCGGCCACAUCAAUCAGGAGACAUUCCCCCUUCCCACUCUUCAUCCUAUACUGCGAGAACUAUCGCACGAAAUCCACAACGGCCGAGGCUUCUUCGUCCUCCGCGGCCUAGACAUCGAUCGGUACUCCCGCGAAGACAACAUCCUCAUCUACGCCGGCGUAUCCUCGCAUAUUGGCAGCCUCCGCGGCCGGCAGCAGGACCAACGACAAGCGGACGGGACAUCCAUCAUCCUCGCGCACAUCAAGGACCUGACUCGCACCGAUCAAGCAGGCAACAUCGGCGGACCCGGCAGCACAGCCGACAAACAAGUCUUCCACACCGACGCAGGCGAUAUCGUCUCGCUGCUCUGUCUACAGACAGCCGCAGAGGGCGGCGAAAGCCAGAUCUCCAGCAGCUGGCUCGUGUACAACAUCCUCGCCAAGGAACGACCGGAUUUGAUCCGGACGUUGGCAACGGAUUGGCCUGUGGAUGGCUUCAAUAACCCCGAGCGCCCGUAUACAUUGCGUCCCUUGCUCUACCACCAGAACGCAACGGCAUCAACACCCGAGCGCGUCCUCAUCCAAUACGCCCGCCGCUACUUCACCGGCUUCCUCGCCCAGCCCCGCUCAGCGAAUAUCCCGCCCAUCACCGAGGCGCAGGCCGAAGCGCUCGACGUGCUGCACUUCCUGGCGGAGGAGCACAGCGCCGCGCUGGAUUUCCAGAAGGGAGACGUGCAGUAUAUCAAUAACCUGAGUAUUUUCCAUGCUCGCAAGGGGUUCCGCGAUGCGCCGGGGAAAGAGCGACAUUUGCUACGGCUCUGGCUGCGGGACCCGGAAAAUGCUUGGGAGACGCCUGAACCUCUGCGGGAGCGGUGGGAUAUUGUGUAUGGAAAUGUGACGCCGGAGGAGCAGGUGUUUCCUCUGGAGCCAAAGGUGCAGAAGAAGAAUAUAAGUGCUUAA